UUGUUGACAGCAGACGCCACAGAUAACGCGGACGCUUUGAAGUAUUGUAAUUUGUAUGCAGUUUUUGUUUAAAUAAAGACAAAGAUGGCGCAUAAUCCUUUGGAUAAAAUACAUGCUCUAGACGAAAUAGAGCAGGAAAUUAUAAUGUGUCUUCAAAGUGCAGGCCAAGCAUUGCAGGAGCUCAGCAAGGAAAAGUCUUCUCAGAAAAGCGCAGAAACUCAAACGCAACAAUUUCUGAAGUCUUUAUCAAAUGUUGAGUCCAAACUCAGCGAACAAAUAAAUUACUUAACACAAGUCUCGACUGGUCAGCCACAUGAGGGAUCUGGAUAUGCCUCUGCAAAAGUUUUGCAAAUGGCUUGGCAUAGAAUACAACAUGCACGCUCUAGAGUGCGUGAGUUGGAAGAGUCAAAAGCGAAAUACACGCAUGCCGCCCGUCAGCAGCAGCAACAACGCCAACAGCAACAUGCGCAGCAGCUAGCGCAGCAGCAGCAACAACAGCAACAAAUGGCGCAGCAACAGCUACAACAAAAUCAGGACAAUUCUGUGGGUGCAGGCAUGGCGUCAGGUGGAGGACCUCAAAUGGGGCAACAACCUCCUAAUCAAUAAAACUGUGCUAGACUUAAGAUCAGUGUAUGCCUAAUUUUAUUAAAAGUAUUUAACAAUUUCCUUUGCAAACUUAGUAAACGUAAAAAAUAUA